UCUGCUAUAUCAAAUACUAAACCUGUGCUAGCUUAGCCCACUCCCAUACAUAAAUAGCCUCCUAAAGAUUAUCUUUAUAAUUGCCAUAACAUAUGUAAACAAACAGGAAUCUGUUACUGGUUUUCUUACUGCUCCUGCGGUGUUUUGAAAAUGAAUAGUUUGAACCUCCUAGAUCUUGCCUAAGUGAACCACUCCUACACAUCCAAGUGUUCCACGUUGAUAUAUGACAAUAUCUACUUUCGAUCACGUGUCUCCGGGCGACUUAGACGGAUUGCGCGUCAUCUCGCCUUCCUAAAUUUCCCCCUUCUAACAGCUCGAAUCCAAAACAUCUAUCUAUCGUACGGAGUACGGGGGAAAGAUGUUUAACUCAGUGAAUCUGGGAAACUUCUGCUCCCAGACGCGCAAAGACCGGACAUCCGAGUUUGGGGACAGAACGGGCUGCGCCUCUAACAUCUACCUCCCCAGCUGCACCUACUACGUCCCCGAAUUUUCUACCGUCUCUUCAUUUCUUCCACAGGCCUCGUCGCGGCAGAUAACCUACCCAUAUUCCACAAAUCUGUCUCAAGUGCAGCCGGUACGGGAAGUUUCCUAUGGAUUGGACCCUUCUAGUAAAUGGCACCAUAGAAGCAAUUAUGCAUCAUGCUACUCUGGAGAGGAUCUGGUGCACAGGGACUGUCUUCCGCAAUCCACCAUGACAGAAAUGCUUAUGAAAACGAACGAGAAUGUGUACAGCCACCAUAACCACCAUCCCAGCUCCAACCAUCCCUCCACAGGGUUCUACCCCGGAGUGGGGAAAAACAGCGUCCUCCCUCAAGGUUUCGACCGCUUUUUUGAGACCGCAUACUGCGGCACGGACAAUCAGUCAGCAGAUACUUGUUUACAAAAGAGCGAGGCUAGAAAGCUGGAAACAAAGUUCCAGCAGCCAGCGGCUCUACCGGGCGUCCCAGACCAAGACAAGGACACAGAGGAUGAGGAGGAACAUACAAAUUCGGGCUCGUGUUCUUCUUCAGCCACCAAGGACCCCAGCGCCAGCAAGAACAGCCACUCGAGUACUCCUCGCACAAGGAAGAAGAGGUGUCCAUACUCCAAAUUUCAGAUCCGAGAAUUGGAGCGGGAGUUCUUCUUUAACGUUUACAUCAACAAAGAGAAACGGAUGCAGCUUUCCCGGAUGCUGAACCUCACCGACCGACAGGUUAAAAUCUGGUUUCAGAAUCGAAGAAUGAAAGAAAAGAAAUUAAGCAGAGAUCGUUUGCAGUACUUUUCUGGAAACCCACUAUUGUGAGCACUCUGGAGUGUAAAAGCAUAAUGAUUAUAGUCAAAAGGUCAAUGACACACUUUUCUCAGUGAAUUCUUAUCACCAGUAAUAAACACAUUUCAAGUUACUUCAAAAAGACAGAUCGGCAGCAAUGUUGAGCAACUAAAUGUUAAGAUGAGGUUAUUUCAAUUUCUAACAUUCGGGGUUGCUGUAUGUAUGCGUGAUAAGGCACCAUUUUCCUGUAGCCUUCAUUCGCAGGAUACUUUCUAGUUCAUAUAUACAGGUGAUUAUACAGAAUAAUAAUUUAUAUGCUGCUGUCGAGUUCAUAUGGUUUUCCGUGUAUUGACCACGAAUCUUAAUUGUGUUUAUUCAAUUGUGCAUUUCACAAUUAUUGUUUGUUGAAUAGUAUUACAUGUUACAACGCAAUUCGGAAGCCAUGAUAGGCCUAUAUUGGACAUUUAAACGCUCCCUUUCCUCUGGUCGAUGUAUUUGUAGCCUACCAUGUUUCUGUUUCCGACCAGAAUAUUCAACACACAAUAAUACAUUUACAGGUGUCCAUUUUGCCACCGAGAACUGUGACGUGUACAAUCUGUAAUGAUGUUAUCCUUGUACAGACUAUGCAACUAUGUGCAUUCGUGACUGUAAAUAUGAUUUUGUUUUUAAUUGCGCUCCCCCCUUUUCCCUGCUGCUAUCUUCUUUACACCGCCCAAGCUGUGUACUUUAAAAGCUUUAAUGUUAACACUCCUUUAAAUUAUUUGCUUUAUGCUUGGUGCUUCUUUAUGAAAGAGGAGGAAAAUAUGGCGUUGUGCCUGUGUAUCAUUAAUAUAAAGAUACCUAUGAAAUAAACAGGCGUAUAGACAAAACUAACA